UGGCUUAGAGGCGCACCGUGGCGAUCGUUCCCUGCCUCCAUUGGCUGAGAAAUGCGGUGGGCUGGACCUUCGGCAGGAGAGCUAUGGUUUUCAACCAGGGCCAAUACAGAGACAAUAGGGGAACGCAGGACAGCUGGUAGAACGCAUCGGGCUGCCGAGACAAGUGAAAUUACUCCAGACCGUCAACUAGUCGUUAACCCAGAUGUGAGAGCCUUUACCAAAAUCUUGAAAACGCUUUAACAUGUUCUAUCCUCAGCCUCCUAAGGCGGUAUCCUUCGGGCUUGUUUGGUCACAAUAAGAAAACAGUGGACAGAUUGAAUGUGAGAGGCACCAGUUACCCACUCCACUCCUCUCUGCGCCUCCUCCUGCUCCUCUUCCUCUUCCUCCUACAUUGGGAAGCAUGAGCUCCUCGCCAGUGCUGUCCAGCCCUCCCAUCAACAUCGUGGAGGAGCUGCAGGUCAUCACUGCCCAGAACCUGGAGAAGCUGGAGGUCAACAAGUAUUAUGAGGUCAUCAGGGAGCUCGGCAAGGGCACCUAUGGGAAGGUGGACCUGGUCAUUCACAAAAUCCGAGGCACAAAGAUGGCCUUGAAGUUCCUUAAGAAGAAAACUACAAAGCUGCGGAGUUUCCUGAGGGAGUACAGCAUCUCGCUCUACCUCUCCCCCUGUCCCUUCAUCAUCAACAUGUUCGGCAUCGCCUUCGAGACCGACGACUAUUACGUCUUUGCGCAGGAGUACGCUGUGGCGGGAGACUUGUUUGACAUCAUUCCCCCUCAGGUGGGUCUUCCAGAGACAGUGGCAAAGCGCUGUGUCCACCAGGUGGGUAUUGCCUUGGACUACAUGCACUACAAGAAGCUGGUGCACCGCGACAUCAAGCCCGAGAACGUGCUCAUCUUUGAUCGCGAGUGCCGCAAGGUCAAGCUGUCCGACUUUGGCAUGACGCGGCGGGGCGGCUCGCCGGUCAAGCGCGUGAGCGGCACCAUCCCGUACACGGCGCCGGAGCUGUGCGGCGCGGCCGAGCCGUCCGAGGGCUUCUGCGUGGACCCGGCCACGGACGUGUGGGCGUUCGGCGUGCUCCUGUUCUGCAUGCUGACCGGCAACUUCCCCUGGGAGAAAGCGCUGCCCACCGACGCCUUCUACGAGGAGUUUGCUCGCUGGCAGCGCGCCCGACGUGGCGGCACCGGCACUGGCGCCGCCAGCGGACCCGUGCCCUCGCAGUGGCGUCGCUUCACCGACGAGGCGCUGCGCAUGUUCCGCAAACUCCUGUCGCUGGACCCGCAGCGCCGGUGCUCGGUAAAGGAGGUGUUCCGCCACUUUGGCCGCCGCUGGAUGCUGGACAGCGAGGUGGGGAUCGGGGGAGUCGGCGGGGCAGUCGGUGGGGGCGUCGGGAGCCACCAGGGGGGUCUAAGCUCCACUUCCGACGAAGACGAGGAGGACGAGGACCUGCUGGUGGACCGCAUGAAGCAGCAGACGCUCUCGCCCGUGGUGUGCGGGGGCUCCAAGGCGGCGGGCGCCAUGGAGACAGGGUCACCGCAGGGUCACCGCUACACGGCGGUGGCAUCCGGCGGUUAUGAGCGCGUGUCCAGAGACAACACGUCCGGCAGCCGCAUCCUAGUGACCACGCCCAUCGAGAUUUGCGUGUAGAGACAAACAGUAUACAGAACAGACACAAGUACACAAAUUUACACAAAAACACUUUUUUUCACUCUUACACACACAUGCAAACACACACACAAGAACAUGGAAGGACAGAACAUGGCAUAAACUGUAUACCAAUUCAUAGACAAUUGCAACUCUAACAGUGGACACUCACAAACAUUGCAGACUGAUUCUGUGAGUCAACCUCUCUAGAUCUAAGACUGAGAGCUACACUUGACCGGUACAUAAUGGUGACCACAAUCAGUGGCAUUCUCUUGUUAAACAUUCCUAAUACUGACAUCAGUUUCUCUACAGGAUCUCUGUAGAGAAUACGUGUUGAUAGAAGGCUGUCACCUUUCCAACUAUAUAAAUCAAAACAUACCAGUAGUCCGAGUGCUUCUAAUGAAAAAAAGGAAAGCUAAAGCUGAAAUUCUGAAAAUGCAAAAGAUGGAGACCUAGAGCAAAACAAUAUCUUGAGAGCAAUAUACCUACAUCAAGCGAACAAGACCCAAAUGGGAUAAUAGUAAAUCAUGGCAUCAUUUCAAUUCAAUUCAACACUGAAACCACUUUUUUAACCAGAAUAUAAGAUGCUAGCAAGCCAACAAAUAAUGUAUUAACUACCCAUUACUGUUACAAUAUAAAAAAAAACACACGUUUUAAUGAUUGAUUGACCAUUACACAAAAAGGUUUUAUUGAUUGAAUGACCCAUGAGAUCUCAAGCUCUUUCUGAUCUUCAAGAUUUUGAAGUAAUUACCUUCCAUCUAUAUUGUCUAAAAAAUUCAACAUUUGGAACAUUUGGAACUUUUUUGGAAGUGUGUCAUAGGUAUUUGGAACAUUCUGUAAGUGUGCCAUAGGCACUUUAACAUCAACUAAAAUGUGUAAUGAAUGAGACUAUUUACCUUUGAACAAUGCACUGGGACAUGUACCGGUAUACAUAUUUGAUUCAGCAUUUUUAAUUCUAUUGAUUUAUUUAAUUUAUUUGACCUCUGUAUGAAAUAUGAUAUUUUUUAAUUAGCCAUUUUGCAAUUAGCCCAGGUGUUUUCUUAUUUACUGCACUACAUAUGCAGAUGUUGAUGCACCUGCAUCGGUAUUUAGUGGUAUUUAGUAUUGAGCUGCUUAUGCGCACAGUCAAUCCAUCACCUCUUUCCUUUCUCCAAAUGAAGCUACUACCAUUAUUACCAUUACAGAAAAAAGCAAAGCAGACCACUGUAUAUUUUUAGCAUUUUACAUUGUGGGUCAGAUUCCAAAGAGAGCAUAAUGAAGGAAAAAAACAUCUCAUGGAACCCUAUGGAAACAUCUGAAGUGACAUGGAAAUCAUUAGGAAUGAGGGAUAUUGGGGGUUAUUGCUGGAAACAGCUUUCGGCUGUGUCACUGCCAGCCAGCUUGUCCCAAUACUGAAGCAAAGCGAGACCCCUCUGAUUCCACUCGUCCCGAUUUAUAUGCAGAUGAUGUUCUCCUGCAGCACACCGUUGAGGGUUCUUGACCACAAUUUUUUUUUUAAAUGCUAUGAUGUCAGAGCAACUGAGGAUGACUACUUUAUGUGUGACCCCAUCUCAGCUGUAGUUGUGGGUGGGAUGUGGUUACUCAGCUCAGAGUGUUACAAGAGAGGCUAUGGAAUGGAAAAUUCCACUCCAAAGACCAGAGCUUGUGCACGAAGCUCUGGGCUAAAGAUACUUUGACAAAUAACUUGACAAAUGCUUUGAAGUUGUAAUUUGGUAAUGUGAUGAUUAGUUGUUUAUUGUCGUCAUCAAAACUGUAGACGUUUUAGUCAUUUUUGUAUGACUUGAGCUUGUGCAGAUGGAAUGACUACAGAAUGACUAAAACAAAGCUGUACAAAACUAGAGACAUUGGAGAUAUUCUAUUUCUACCUGGUGUUCUAGUAUGAAAAUGUCACUGUCAUUUUUAUGUCCAAAUGUCAUUUAUAAGCUGAAGUACUUGACUGGAUUCUUCCAUAAAACCAAGGCUGGUUUUUAGUCAGACAUGCAUGUAUGUCAGUGCCACUGAUAAUGUACUUCAAUAGGUGUCAAAACUGCCCAAUUAAAGGUCAGCCUAUAUCACUAAAUGGUGGAAGAGAAAAAAGUAACGUAGAAUGAAAGCUUCAAUUUACUUUCUAUAUCGCAAAAGUGGACACAUCUACAAAAUAAAUUCAAAAAUUUAUUUUUUACUUAUUCUUAUUUAUUGGUUUUCCCUUGAAGGUAGGGAAUUCAGAACAACUAACCUAUUUAUGUUUUAUUUUGUUUUGAUUUGAACUGAAAAUAACUAAAGAUGGAUACAAUCUUGUCUUUGAAUUGCAUGAAGAGAUACAACAAAUACAUUUAUAUAUAUAAAAGAUCUGUCUUCACAAAAUACACAAGAAUUGUUGUGAUGUGAAACUUUGCUGUAGCACAAAAUUGCAGAAUAUUCCAGAGUGAUAUUUAUGACUUCUUGAAACAAUCUAGGGCUAAAUAUGAUGAUGAAAAAAAUACUUGAUGUUUUUUUUGAGUGUGUUGUAUAUGUAUCAUGUUGUUGUUGUUGUUGUUGUUGUUGUUGUUGUUGUGUUAUUGUCUUAACAAUACCAAGGACAUCAUCGGAGCUGCGAUUUUUCUUGAGGGAGAUGAUAUCCGAGUCUUGCAAUACUGUAGUACGUGUGAUGAAGUCAACUACUACUUCUACACGACUGCUUCUGAGCAAAAAAUGAGAUGGUCGGUAGAGGAGGAAACGAGUAUUUUAUGUUGUUAACCUGACACAGCUGCAUGACGUAUGCUGAAGCCUGGUGUGGAAACAGUGCUGUGGGUGUUUCAUGUGUCUCUGGACAAAGACACAUGGCUUCUCGGCUACGAGCUGCAGAUAAAAAAGGUAGUUUUGCAUCUACCUUUCACUCAAGAGAGGUCAGAAUGCAACACUUUGGCUUAGUCCUAAGUAACUGGGUGAAAUGGUUGGGGAAAAAAGUUGACCAGUCAAAACAGAAUGGAUUUUCAAAGCAAUUGUAAGUCACUUUCUGGCUUUAAUGCCAUUUCUCCAGUUCUGCCAACUGAUAUCUAAGAUUUGAGGACUCAAAUUUCCAUGGACUGGUCAUUGUGUAUUGUGCUGCAAGUUGUGUGAUUUCAUUGUCUUUCUUUUCCGUGACAGCCUUUAGAUGCCCUGUGGUUCAGUGAUGUUUCAAUCAGUAGAAAAAACACUAGAACUCUUGUCAGACUUGUCUUCGCAAUACACUGUCUUCCUGUUAACGGAUUUAAGCAAAAAUAAACAGAAAUCUUUAAGA